AUGUCCAGCAACAGCAACAGCAACAGCAAAGGCAAUGGCGUGGUAAUGGUAAAGGCAACGGAGAGCCCCGCCGCAUCGCCGUGGGCUACGUGGAUGACACCCAGGUUGGACGGUUUUACAGCGACUCUCCGGGCCAGAGUGUGGAGCUGCGGGCGCCCUGGGCGGGGCAGGUGGGGCAGGAGGACCUGGACAAGGAGAGUCCGAUCCAAAGGAAACGUGCUGUGGUUCGAAGCGCUCCUGAGGGACCUGCGCGGCCGCUACAACCAGAGCGAGGACGGGUCUCACACCCUCCAGAGCAUGUGUGGCUGUGAAGCGGGGCCAGACCUGAGCCUCCUCGGCGGGUAUGAAAAGUUCGCCUACGACGGCGCGGAUUUCAUCUCCCUGAGCGAGGACCUGCGCUCCUGGAUCCCCGCGGACCUGGUGGCUCAGAUCACCCAGUGCGAGUGGAAGGCACAGGGGAGGGCCGAGAGCGUCAGGAACAGUAUACAGGGCAGGUGCUUCCUGUGGCUCCGCAGACUCCUGCGAUGGGGAAGGAGAUCCCCCAAAACACAAAUGACCCACCACCCCAACUCUGACCAGAAGGUCACCCUGAAGUGCUGGGCCCUGGAUUUCUACCCUGCGGACAUCACCCUGACCUGGCAGCAUGAUGGGGAGAACCAGACCCAGGCCACGGAGCUGGUGGAGACCAGGCCUGGAGGGGAUGGAACCUUCCAGAAGUGGGUGGCUGUGGUGGUGCCUUAUGGAGAGGAGCAGAGAUACACGUGCCAUGUGCAGCAUGAGGGGCUGUUGGAGCCUGCAGUCCUGACUUGGGGUAAGGAAGGGGAUUGCCCCCUCUCAGUCCUCCGUCCCACUGCGGGCAUCUUUGUUGGCCUGGUUCUCCUUGGAGCUGUGCUCACUGGAGCUGCGGUGGCUGCAGCUGUGUGGUGGAGGAAUACGCACUCAGAGAGCAUCGUCAGUCUGUCCCUGGUGUUUCUAAAGGAGCUGUUUGCUGGUGGCUUAUGCCCGGCCUCUCGAAGGCUGUUUGCUGUUGGUACCAAUGGCAUCUCUGGCACCCAUGCCUGCUGA